AUGGAUCUCUCUCGGAUCCUUGCCGCGAAUAUUGACGGCCGAACCCAAAAUACUCGUUAUCGCCAAUCCCAAUUUCAAAAACUUCAAUCAACGCUCGUGGCGCAUAUCGCCGAUAUUCAAGAUGCUAUCCUUUCGGAUUCAGGCCAUACUCGAGCCGAAGUGCGCGCGGAGAUUGUACUCGCGUUGCAAGAGCUUCGAGCACAUUACUCUGGCUUGAGUCUAGAGAAAGAUCUCCAGGUCGAGUAUCGAAUUGCGCGCGGCAAGGAUAAUCCAGAUGGGACACGCGGUGUUGGUAUAGUUUACAUUGUGCCGAGCCCUCACACACUUUUCUACUCGGCUAUGUCCGCGCUAAGUGCAGCACUGGCAGCGGGGAACUGUAUCGUCAUUGAGCUACCUCAAACUACCGGCAUGCUUCCAGCACUGCUCCGAAAUAUUUUGCCCGAAGCAUUGGAUCAAGACACAUUCGCCAUCACGUCGCAAAAGCCAGACGCAUCGUUCCUGGCCAAGGCCCUGGUGGUCGUGCAGACCGGCGGAAGCUAUCCAGGCCUUGUUUCACCCUCGGACUUGAGAGUGGUCGCCAUUGUGGACCGUACGGGCGACGUGGCUCAAGCAGCGCAGGAAAUGGUCGCAGCGCGAUUUGCACUGGGUGGUCGCUCGCCAUACAGCCCCGAUGUGGUAUUCGUGCACGAGUUCGCGAUGAAACCCUUCGUGGAAGCGGUGAUCACACACGCAUCCAAGUACCUCGCCGGCGAAAAUGGGGCGGCGAGGUCUCUCACCCGAAGAUCUAGCCGAUCUAUCCUAAUGGAGGCUGUAAAGAAGGAUCGGAGUGCCCGGGUCUUGGUAUCGGGGAGUAAUUGGGGAGUUGUGGAAGUCCAAGAUCGCCAAUCACCACUUCUGAAGAAGAAGAUAGAAGAGAAAAUACUUCUGGUCCAUCCGGUGACCAGUCUGGAUGAUGCAAUUGAUACCAACACCGAAACACUGGCAGCAACUUAUGCCUUUGCUGCACCAUCUUCAGCCAAGUAUCUCACGCAGUUCAUCGAUGCCCAUAUAUCAUGGGUAAAUCAUGCUCCGAGCCACAUGCUCAUCGGACCUGCACUCCCUCGAAACACACCACCUACUCAGACUCGCUAUACAAAGAGCCAGUUUGAGGUUCCACGUCCACAGUUGAUAACCCCGGUCUCAAGCUCCGUGGACACGAUUCUCGGUGGUACAAGCAAAGCCGAUCAGUUGUGGAGGGAUGCCAUUGCACCACUGCCAUCGACAAAGCAGAGGCCUGGAUUUAAGAUCGGGUUCUUCGAGCAAGGGAUCAUUACAGGUGGAUUGAUCACGCUUGGUUCCCUGGUUGCAACAGUAUCCACGGUGGGGUAUUAUGUCUGGAUUUUGGUCAGGGGUUGA